GUUUCUUCACUCUUUUUCUGGGGUUUGUAAGACUACAUCUAUACAUCCUGCAACAAACACAAUGAAGUCCUUCUUCACUGCCGCCGUGGCCCUCGCCACCACAGCAACUGCGCACUACACCUUCCCGGACCUGACGUGGAACGACAAGACAACGGGAGACUGGGUCAAUGUGCGACAGACGGCAAACUACCAAUCCAACGGUUCGUCCCGUCCCCAAGACGUAGUAAACCCCCGGUAUCUAAUAAGAGAUGACGUACAGGCCCCGUGCAAGACGUUACCAGCGAUGCUAUCCGCUGCUACCAGCGGUCGCCCAGCACAACGGCCAAGACGCUCACGGUGAAAGCCGGAGACACGCUGGGCUUCAAGGCGGGCACCACCAUCGGGCAUCCGGGCCCCGUCCAGUUCUACAUGGCCAAGGUGCCCGAGGGCAAGACUGCCGCUACGUGGGAUGGCAGCGGAGAGGUUUGGUUCAAGGUUUCCAGCGAGAAGGCUGAGAUUACCAAUGGCCAGAUUGAUUGGCCUUCGCAUGGCCGGCCAAUGAAUACGCAGUACAGUGCGCUAACACUCGUUGCAGGAAAAGACAAAGUCUCGUUCAAAACGCCCUCGACACUGCCCAAGGGCGAGUACCUGCUGCGCAUCGAGCACAUUGCACUGCACUCUGCGUCGUCGGUCGGCGGCGCGCAAUUCUACAUUUCGUGUGCGCAGGUCAAUGUCGAGGGCAGCGGCACGGGCAACCCGGGGCCUAAAGUCGCGUUUCCGGGCGCCUACAAGGCGACGGAUCCCGGUGUCCAGGUUAACAUUUACUACCCGGUUCCGACGAACUAUGCGCCGCCUGGACCGGCGGUGUGGCUUGGUUAGAUGGG